AUGAAUAUUUCAUUCAUUAUCAAUGUGGUUCUUCUGCUUGCAAUUGUAUUGCUCUUGCUGCUUUACUACAACACAUACACAAGGCUGAAUAAAAUAGUGAAGGGGCAGAUUCCGACAGUCAUAGAAAAAGAGGAUGACGUGGAGAUCAGUGUUGACAAGAAGAUAGAGAUAGGAGAGGGGACAAUGAUUAUGACAGUGGAAGAGAGAAAGGAACUCAAAUUCUUUAAUCAUAACCAGAAAUUUCAAAUGGGUGAACUUCUUAGAGCUUCUGCUGAGCCACUAGGUCAUGGGAUCUUGGGAAACAGUUAUAAGGCGAUGCUGAAUACAGGACCUACCAUUGUCGUGAAAAGGCUAAGGGACUUGAAGCCAUUUACUAAGGAGGAGUUUGAGAAGAUAGUGAAUUCAAUUGCUGAUAUGAAGCACCCCAAUUUGUUGCCUUUGCUUGCUUACUACCAUUCCAGAGAUGAGAAGCUCAUGCUUUACAGUUAUGCAGGAAAUGGAAAUCUUUUCUCCAGACUUCAUGAUAGAGGUGGAAACCGGGCUCCGUUCAGUUGGAACUCGAGAUUGUCGGUUGCAAGAGGAGUGGCACGAGCAUUGGUGUACCUGCACCUCAACCACAAGUUCCAAAACGUUGUCCCACACGGCAACUUGCGGUCUUCAAACGUACUAUUCGAUGAAAACGAUGCGGUUCUUGUUUCUGACUUCGGUCUUGCCUCCUUGAUAGCACAACCGAUUGCAGCUCAGCACAUGGUUGUUUACAAAUCACCUGAAUAUGGGUAUGCAAGAAAGGUGACAAUGCAAUCCGAUGUGUGGAGCUAUGGUUCACUUUUGAUAGAGCUUCUAACCGGGAAAGUAUCUAUUAACUCGGCUCCACAAGGAACCAAUGGCGUGGAUUUGUGCAGUUGGGUUCACAGAGCCGUGAGGGAAGAAUGGACGGCUGAGAUCUUCGACAAAGAAAUAUCUGGCCAAAAGAGUGCACUUCCUGGGAUGCUGAGGUUGUUGCAGAUUGCAAUGCGUUGCAUCGAGAGGUUCCCUGAGAAGCGCCCUGAGAUGAGAGAGGUGACGAGAGAAGUGGAGAAAAUACAGGCCCCGGUGAUGACUGAAGAUGAUGACGAUGUGUCUGGGGAUAGGUCCCUAACUGAUGAUUCCCUUUCAACCAGUACCUCCAUGAUUGGAGACGAAAGAUAG